CUCUCCUGCCUGACCGUGAACAAGCGAGCGCAGAGGUGUCGAAGAUCGACCAAGCAACUCCUGGUUUAGUGUGCGUGGCUGCUGUGCAACGGAGAAUUGGCGCGAACUGGAGCUGCCUCCCUGUUGCUUUUGGAAAUCUAGAGAGGGUUUCUCUGCCGCCGCUGCUGUGCCAAUUGCUGGAGGGAGCUAAGCUUUUGUGUGGGGAACAGCUUAGCGUCAUCAUGUCGGGCUUUGGAGGGGGAGGACGCGGGGGGGGGGGUAGGGUCAAGAAGGUUAUGACCCAGCCGAUCUCUCUUAUCUUCAGGUUUCUGCAAAACCGAACGAGGGUGCAAAUCUGGCUUUACGAGAACACCAAGAUGCGGAUAGAGGGACAAAUCCUGGGCUUCGACGAGUACAUGAAUCUGGUAUUGGACGAGGCGGAAGAGGUGGACAUGAAGAACGACGAGCGCAAGCAGCUGGGGCGCAUUAUGCUCAAGGGCGACACCAUCACCCUCAUGCAGAGCGUCGAGGUCUAACACUACAUGCGAGCGCUGGGUUUUUGGGGGGUGGGGGGGGCACCAUAAUGGCGGCGUCUGGGGCAAGGGGUGGUCCAGGGCGUUCAUCACAGGGCCGGGUGUACACGUAGAGAGACAGGGAAGGGUGCUCGGCAAUUGACAAACAGGUGCACAAGACCACGGUUGGAAGGCUCCCUUCCCUUGCUCUCUUCUGCUGGUGACGCCGCCAAGAUGGCAACCGACCGUGACAUCUAUCCGUGUAUGGCCUCUUGUGCGCUACCUGGUGUGCUUGCUGAGUGUUGGCUGCAGAGAGGCCCGACUGGCAUGGUUGUAGGUUACAGAGCUGAGCGAUUUGUUUUUUCUGGCGCAUGCCGGGUGGGUAGGGGAUCUCAGGGAGAGGAACCCUUUUGUGUGACCACGGAUUGGAGCUCCCUCCUUCCCGGCAGAAAUGCUGUGAACUGUGACCGCUGAU